CGCGCCGACCGCCCGCACUGCCCGCCGGCAUCCGGAGCCGGCGCUGCAUGCAGUGAGGCGGUGCCUCCUGGAGGGCGGCUGUUUGGUGCUGGGGAGACAAUCGCCUAGGGCGGUUAAUGCGGCUAAAUUCGGAGACACAGCUGAGGCUUAUAGAUAUGUAAACAUAUAUAUGUGAUUACACGUCUAUUUAUAAAGGUGCUUUUGAGGCCGUCAUAAUGAGAAACCAAGAAAUUUCAGCUUGCCUAGGGAAUGUUUCUUACACAGAUGUACAGCACUGUGCGGGCUGUGAUGCUGCAACCAGAUCCCAGUGCUUUGGGAAGAUUAAACGUGGUCUCCCCAGAAUCAGAGAUCCCCAGGCUGUGCCCCCAGCUGCAGGCCUGCAGGCACAGACAAUGCACAGCACUGCGGAGGAGCACUGUACAGAGAGAUCAGUGCUUGCCCAGCCAACAUUUGUGUUUGGAAAGAAGGACCACCCUUUGAAGCGGCCUGCUGAAGAUCCAGUUUGCAAAGCUGAAAAUGAUUUCAUCUAUUGUUCCAAAAAACGUGCAAGAUCAUCAUCUUGUGUUUUCCAGAAGUCUGGCUCAGAAUCUAACAUAGAUACAACACUUGCUGAGAAAAGAAGAAGAUCAUCUUCCUUUACCGUUCUUCCUAGGUUCCCUCCCUCCCAGCCAGCAAAGAAGAGCAACAUAUUCAUGACCUCAGCUCUUCUUCGACAAAACAUUGACAUGGGAAGUACAAAAGAAGGAUCCUUGUCAGAAAGUCAGCUGUGGAAUGUUAUUAGGCCUGCCAUUUUACAACCUCCACAAGCCCUGACCUGUCCUGAAAAUCCUGCAGUAUCUCUAGUGACUAAGAAACAAGCACAUAUUCAGUUAUCUGAAGACAACUCUUAUUCCUCAUCUGAGAAUUCAGCAGGCUCUAAAGCAGCAGUGAAGUCAUCUAUUACUGUGAAUAUUUCUAGCUCUAAAACAGCACGAAGUCAGUUGUUAGAAGACAGAAGUGUUCUAAGCAGCAGCAAUUCUGGUUUUGUGUUUGGAGAAAAUAUGGUUGAGAGAGUUGUGAGCCCUGAAAAGCAUUCUGUGUCAUGCAAUGAAGUUGAUUCAUACAAAAGAGAAAUAACAUCACUUUACAUAGAAUCUUUUCAUGUAACAAAAACAGCUCUGUUGAGGAAUGCAACACAGACUGAGUCAGCAGCUGCUCAUAUUUCCACGCCAGGGGAGAAAAUUCUGUUAGAUAAAGUUGAAGUUAUAACUGGAGAAGAAGAAGAACACAAUGUAUUACAGAUUAACUGCAAGCUCUUCCUAUUUAAUAAACUUUCUUUAACUUGGAUUGAAAAAGGCAGAGGAUCCCUGAGGCUUAAUGACACUUCCAGCAAUAAAUGUGGCAUGUUGCAAUCGAGGCUGAUUAUGCGAAAUCAAGGCAGCUUGAGACUGAUUCUCAACACCAGACUCUGGGGUCAAAUGGUGUUACAAAGAGCAAACAGUAAAAGCCUGUGUUUCACAGCAACAGAUCAAGAGGACCACUCUGUUCAAGUAUUUCUAAUUCAGGCAAGAUCUAAAGAUGCUGGAUAUUUGUAUGCAGCAAUACAUCACCGCCUUGUGGCAUUGCGAAGCUGUGCUGAGCAAGAAUCAGAUGCUAAUCAAAUAGACACAGAGUCAGAGACAGCUUUUCAUCUGUUAAACUGUGACAGUGAUGAAGAUGAUGAAAAAAUAACUCAAGUGAGCAGCAGUGGAUCCGAUCAUUCUAGAUGGAACCGCAGGCAGCCUGUAGUCUGCUCAUGAAAUGUACCACAGUUUACAGCAGACUACUGAAGACUCAACUUCUCAACAUGCUGGAGAUGCAUCAGGACCUGGAAGAAGGAAAUCAGAAGAAUUUUGUUUUAUGACUUCUAAGCAAAGAUUAAUUUUAUAAACAGUUUAUGCUCAAUACAUUGGGAAGAAACUUGAGACUCAAGUUGAGGGUUCCAGUCAGCUUGCUUUGCACUGAGAUGAGAAUAACAUGAUGGAUUCCAGUGUUCAAGAACUGUUAAAAGAGAUUCAGAUUUUAAAAUUAAAUAUACUUAGAUGCUUUAUUAAAGUAACGACUUUUAUAGGGAAUCCUGUUUGUAAGUACAUGCAAGCAGAAUGGUCAGUGGCAGUUCAACAUGACAAAGGCCUACAGAAAUCGAAUUUUGUUGUUGUUCUUUGUUUCUAAUAUGUGGAGUAGUCACCAGAAGGUUUUGUUAAAGGGCAAAGAACUAGGUUCUGCUCUUACAUCUAUACAACUACAACAUGAAGAACUGUAAGCAGAAGUUCCAAGGGAUGCCUGAGCAUUGCAAUCUAAAAGUGAAUCUGUUUGCACUUACAAACAUUUUCUUGCUUGCACAGAACAAGCACUUGCACUCUUAACUGUCUGUUAGAUACAUAAAAAUAAAUAGACAUAGACAUUAUAAGUAGAGAUCUGCAUAUAAUCUAUCUUACAUUUUUGAGAUUGUCUAAGAUUGUUUCUGCUUUCCUACUAGCCACAGUUAUCCCUGAACAGCAUGAGAUUAAUACAUUAGUCAAAUAUGUGCAAUAAUCCAAACAGCACUAACAACUCAAACACUCCUUGUAGAAGUGAUUCCACAACUAGCUCACUACCUAGCCAAUCUCAUGGUAAACUGGAAGGUCAGUUCUCCAAAUGCACCUGUGAAUUAAGACUUUCCAGACCCUUCACAAGCCCAUGCACUGCACAGGCACCAUUUAAUGCUCUGUGCUUUCUAUUCUUUCUGUUUACAGGUACAGAAAGUGUAUGUCUAUGGUCACUCUGCUACAGACUUCUUUUGCCUUGUAUAUUGUUGGCUACAAAACAUGAAUUCCUGAUCAUUCUCAGAGGUGGAAAAAAAAAAAAGAAAAAGAAAAAAAAAAAAGGUCUGAAGUAUCUUAAGUCCUUUUAAUUAAGAAAGUUGUUAAUGUUUAUCAGCCUUAAAAGCUGCAUCAUACCUGAAGAGUCAAGUUACAAUUUAGUCUCCCAUCUGAACAUAUGUAUGAAGUUGGAAGAAUUCCAGCUUCUUUCUAAAUUCUCAAGAUUAGAGCCCAGGUGAAGCUGAACUAGCAUCUGGAUUACUUGAAUCUUACACAGCCUGCCAAAAUUAGCACUUCUCUGACUUCUGGAUGAGAGCAAGUUUAAAUGGAACUGGAUUUUUGCCUUUGCAAUGGAGCAUCUGUUUCUAGAAGAACUGGAAUGGUUUUUCACCCUUCAGUUUGCUGAUAACGAAAAUUUCUUUCUAGAACAGCUGUACACUGCGUCCUUCUGUGACAGCCUUGCUCCUGAGCACUACAGCAUUUCCAUUACUGACCUUCAUAUUUCAUUGCUGUAACUCAGGAACAAAGCUCCAUGUUACAAAAACUUCUCCAGUUGUUAAAAAACAGCAAUCUUAUGUAUUUAGCAACAGGUCAUGGGGAGAACUUUGCCCUGAAGCUCAACUGGUUGUGCACUGAAUGUAGAGUUUGAUUUCAAAGUCUGCCCCGGUAAUCAAAGCCAUCCAUAUAACUGAUUUUAAGCAUCAGAGUGUCAUCAUAAAGUCCCACAACUUCUAAAUUCUACCGCAGUAUAUGCACCAGAAUUUUUACAGAGGACUUCAAAACUUUGUAAUGUACUGCCAUAGUGAAAGUUGCAAAGCUUAUGAUCAUUCACAAAUAAUAAAAAAAAACCUCUCUGAGCUGCCUUUUCCCAAGACUGUAUUAUACAUUCACACACCAGUAUACACACAUUUGCUCAAACACACACACACACUUAAAAAUGAAGCUACACUUCCUACAAGCUGUGGAGGUAAAGAGAUGUUUGAAUACUCUGAGGAAUGUGGAGAGUGUGGUAGUAGAAGACAUAUAAAUACAUAUAUGUGCAGACAUGUAUGAGGUAAGAAGUUUCACUCUUGCGAUCCUAAUCCAUUAUUUAUUUUAUUUAGUCUCAUUGCACUAAAUUUUUGUGUCUCUUAAGACUAAAGGUGUGCUGGUAUGUAAUGUAUUAACUUGGUUUUGAAAAUGUAACAUUUGUCAUUUUAUGACAGCAGCAGUAACCAUUUCUAUGUCCAAACAAUAAACAGAUUUUCUUAA